AUGGCAGCAGCUCAUGAUCAGGCCUCUUCUUCUUCUUCAUCCUCGUCUGGUUUAAGGAGUUAUGAAGUAUUCUUGAGCUUUCACGGCGAAGACGUUCGCACCAAUUUCGCGGACCACCUCUACUGUGCCUUGGAUAGGGCUGGAAUUCGAACUUACAGAGAUGAGGAUAAACUCCCCAAGGGAGAAACGAUUGGCCCGGAGCUAAUCUCUGCAAUCCAAGAUUCAAUAAUCUCCAUUCCCAUCUUAUCCCCGAACUAUGGGUCAAGCAAAUGGUGUCGCAAUGCGCUAACCCAGAUAUCUGAAUGCAGAAAAACAAAGAAACAGAUUGUGUUUCCCAUUUUCUACAAAGUUGAGCCAACGGAAGUGCGAAACCAGAAAAACAAAUAUGAGGAAGCCUUUGUGGAGUACCAGAGGCGCGUCGACGAAUACCAGAAGGAUUUAGUCGAAAAGUACCAAUUCCAAUUUGGAUCAUCAACUGCCCAGCUGCCUGAUAGGACGAUGCUGCACAGACACGAUAUGGAAUCUGGUGACAGAAAGAUUGUGGUUAUCCAUGGCCUCGGUGGCAUUGGAAAGACAACAAUCGCUAAGGUUGUCUGUGAUACAGUCCUUAGCCAUUUUGAAGGAUAUAAAUUUAUUGAAAAUGUCCGUGAGAAUGCUGAAAGAUUUGGGAUUCCCUAUCUGCAAAAUCAACUUAUCAAUGAUCUCCUGAAAGAGAAAAAUCAAAAUAUUACUGAUGUGGGUGAUGGAAUUAAAGUGAUCCAACAAAGAUACUGCAACAAAAAAGUUCUUAUUGUUCUUGAUGAUGUGGAUCAAGUUGAUCAAGUAGAGUCUCUAGCUGGGAACCGUGAAUGGUUUGGUAACGGAAGUAAGAUUAUUAUCACAACCAGAAAUAAGGAAGUUUUUAUUGCUCAAAAACCAGAUAGUAUUUAUGAGCCCAAAGUAAUGGAAUUCAAUGAUUGUCUUAAACUUUUUAGUCAGUAUGCGUUUGGAACGGACCAACCUCUAGAAGGUUAUUUGGAUCUCUCAAAAGCUAUGGUGGAAAGUGCUGGAAGACUUCCCUUGGCUCUUCGAGUUAUAGGUUCAUCUUUAUUAGAUGAAAAGAGAAAAGUAGUAUGGAAAGACAGGUUAAAGAAGAUGCAAAAAUUUCCCGAUGAUCGUGUUAUGAAAAGUUUGAAAAUAAGCUAUGAUGGAUUAGGAUGUGUGGAGCAACAAAUGUUUCUUGAUACUGCUUGUUUUUUCAUCGGAAUGAAUAAAGAUAUUGCAUUUUAUAUAUGGGAAGGGUGUGAUUUUUUCCCUCAAGCCGGACUUGAAGUUCUUUGUAAAAAGUCUUUGGUAACAAUUAAUGAAGAUGAUAGCUUAAGGAUGCAUGAUAUGCUUCGGGAUCUUGGAAGGUUUAUUGUUUGUCAAGAGAACAUACAAAAGCCAGGGCAGCGUAGUCGAAUAUGGUCUCAAAAGGAGGUCUUCGAAGUACUGGUUAAACAAACGGGAACAAGUAUUUGUGAAGGACUCAGUAUUGAUUUCAAGCAAUUCAUUCAUUCCAUCAAUGGUAGACCAGCGAGCCAAUGUUUGACGAGUAAAGGAUUUGCUGCAAUGAAAGAUCUAAGGUUACUCCAAGUCGAUUAUGCACAAUCUCCUGAGAACUUCACAAAUUCUUUUUCAGAACUGAGAUGGCUUAGUUGGAAAGGAUGCUCUACCAAUUUGCACUAA